AUGAUUUAGUGGACCAAACAAGGCAAGCUGUGAACCUUCCCUAUUGACAAUGAGAUUGGACUGGAGGAAGAGGAGAAAAUAGGAUUCCAAGAGCACGUGUUCCUGGAGCACCACCUCGAAAGAUGGUGUCCUUGACGGGGUCCCAUCAGACACUUCAUGAACCUCUCGAAGAACCCUUACCUCACAGUGGAGCGGAAAAAGGCUCACAUAAUGUGGUACAAGAAUUACUUCGAGGAGAAACAUGACAUUCUGAAGGAUCAAAUUAGGUUGAAAUUGGAAUUUUGAAUUGUUGAUUAUAAAGUUAAAGAAUUACUAUGCUAAUGGAGGUUGAAGUCAUAAUUAUUCAUUUUUCAAAGACUGAAGUAAGUAAAGUUAGUCUUAAUUGGGAAACCUAGGAUAUUGGACAACCAUUUUUUUGUUACUUUUGUUUAAAGUUCAUUGGUGACUUUAUUUUUUUAUGCUAUCAUGUAAACUGAAGUGGUGGACAUGCAUCAAUGUAAUGGAGUAAGUUAUAGAUAUGCGUAAUAUCAGUAAAGAAAAAGAAAAAUGCCAUAUAUGAAUAUCAAUAUAUUUGUUCGUAUUGUGUAAUAAACUGGUUUUGUUUGGAUGAAUUUAUGUAUAUUAUGUAAAUAAAG